AUGCUAACUCUUGCAAUCGGUGACCUAUUCAUUCCAGAAAGAUCGAUAGAUAUACCGCAAAAAUUCAAAAAGCUAUUGGCGCCCAACCCUCAAAGCAAGCCCUCGAAUAGUAAAGUCAACCGUGUUGUAUGUUUAGGAAACAUUAUAAAUUCAACGUCGACACUACAGUUUUUAAACAACAUCUCGCCAAACUUUGAAAUAGUAAAAGGUGAAUACGAUGAUGCAGGAUUGGUAUCACAACAAUUGCAGUUGAUAGCGGGGUCUGAGUUAAAAACAGCAUCCGCAAAUUCCGCCAUUAAAGUUCCCAUGUACAGUCGAUUUGUACAUGACAAUCUAAAGAUUGGCUUCACCAGUGGCCAUCAAAUUGUUCCGCGAGGAGAUCCAUUAGCAUUGAGUGCAUUUGCAAGAGAGUUGGAUGUGGAUGUGUUGAUAUGGGGUGGAACACACCGAGUUGAAGCCUACACUUUGGAUGGUAAGUUCUUUGUCAAUCCUGGAAGUGCUACUGGCGCAUUCAACUUUGAUUGGCCCGAAUUUGAAGAAGAUGAUGAGGAAGAUGAUAAAGAAGAAGAAGAAGAAGAAGAAGAAGAAGAAGACGAAGAAGGCAGGGAUGGUACAGAGGGGAAGGGGAGAGAGGCAACCGAGGAAAAAACUACCAAGGACGGCAUGCAUAGCAAAAAUGUCGAUAACAAGGAGACUAAUGAGACGAACGAAACCAAGGGAUCCACGGGAAAUGAGGGCAAACAAGAACCUGAAAACGGAGACGAACUGAAGCAAGACGAUAGUGGCAAAGACUUUAAGAAUUCACUUGAUGACGCAACAGAGUUAAACACAAACAUACCUUCAUUCUGUAUCCUAGAUACAAAAGGGUCCACUUGCAUACUUUACAUUUACACAUAUUUCAACAACGAAGUCAAGGUAGAUAAAGUUACAUACAACAAAGAAUAA